GCGCGACACGGUUGCUGCCGAUAAAAAUAUUUACCAAACCAAACAACUAACAACCCUUUUCAACGAUUUAGUAUUUAUUAUUAAUUACUAAUUACUAUUAUUCAUUAUUCGAUUUUUCGGAUUUAUAAAUUAGCUUUCACCUGCGAAUCGUUUCUUAGGGUUUUCAGAUGACGUCCAUCAUUGAAAUCGACUGACCGAUCAUGGACCGACGGCACGUACUACACUUUCCGUUGCGUUAUUGACAUCGCCGUCACUGAAAUAAUAUAAAUUAGGUAACCUUUGCUAGCACGUUUUUUGGCCGGACGACUGCCAUGAACAUUUUCGAGCUAAUCUCCAUCAUCGUGACGUUCUACGUCGUUCUUAUGUUUUUGGAUUUCACGUUCAAGUCCUGUUCACACUAUCCGUAUAUGAUGUUAAUACAAAAGACAGGAUUAAGUGUUGGGCCUUUUCAAUUACGAUGGUACACAACGUCGUUAAAUCGUCUUAUACUGAAAAUGUCGUUUUGGCAUCCAAAAUUCCAAACCAAUUGGUUUACUUUUGGGUCUUGGAUUACUAUUUGUUUGAUUAUACCAUCUAUAUGUCUGGUUAUUGUAUCUUCUGCCCAAUUGUGUAAAAAAAUAUUCACGGAGCCUACUAGUGAACCAUCAGGCAACCAGCAAGAUACAUUUCUUGAACCAAUAGUACCUGGGAUCAAUUUACCAAUGUCAGACUUAAGCUAUUAUGUAUUUGCACUUAUGUUUUCGACGGUUUUCCAUGAACUAGGACAUGCAUUAGCAGCAAUCAGGGAAGAUAUGCAUGUGGAAGGUGUUGGUUUAAUGUUUAUUUUGAUUUUACCUGUGGCUUAUGUUCAUUUGGAUGACAUUACCUCGUUGCCAAGUAGCAAACAGCUUCGAGUUAUGUCGGCCGGCGUGUGGCACAACAUAGUUCAAGCUCUAAUGGCCUAUCUUGUUUUAUGGCUCUUACCAUAUAUGUUGUUUCCAUUUUUUACAGUUGGGAAUGGUGUCAUGACCACCCAAAUAAACCAGAAAUCAGGUGUAAAUGGGCAAGGAGGACUAGUAACUGGUGAUGUGAUUACAAAAUUGGGGAACUGUGAUGUGCAUGAUUUUGAUUCAUGGAUAGAUUGUUUAAAUCGCACUAAGACAAGUGUAGAUUCUGGAUUUUGUUUAUCACCAGAAUUUGUUCAACAUCAUGACGAAACAAAACCAGUGCAUUAUGUAGACGAAUAUAUAAUAAACUGCUGUGAUCCAAACUCAAAGACCAAUUUGUGUUUCGAAUAUAUUGAAUCGCUGUCCAAUCCUCAAGAACUACCAAAUCAUUCCUGCUUAAAUGUUAGAAAAGUUAUAGAAAGGUCAACAUCACCCUGUGAUGCUGAUAACCAAUGUUCAUCAGCUCAUUGUUAUUACCCUGCAAUUCGUAAGAAUCAUAAACUUGUGGUUAUCAAACGUGAAAAAAAAAACGAAGUCUUAUUUCUUGGGCAACCUACAGAACUGCAAUACAUAUCUGUUACCCAAUAUGUACCCAAGACUGAUUAUUUACCAAAUAGUAUACCCGAAUCCAUUGAAAAAUUUUGUAAAUACCUAAUAAUGUUUGCAGGAGGUUUAGCCGUCAUAAAUGUAAUACCGUGUUUUUAUUUUGACGGAGAAAAAAUAUCAAGGGUAUUAGUGAAUACAAUACUAAAGGAACAUGUUGAACAUUUGAGUGUUCGAUUAGCAAUUUCUAUUUGUUUGACAAUUUUUGGUUCUUUAAUAUUGAUAAUUUAUAUGAUAUUAGGGUUUUGGUCUCUAAUAAAAAUUAUAAACUAGAUAUGUACCAUUUGCCUAAAAUUAUAAAUUGUUCCUACUUUCUACUUACGGUCAGGGGGCAACAUUAUUACUCUUACCAAAUUUUAAUAAUUUAUUUAUUUUUAUUAUUUUUCAAAAUACGUUUGAACUCAAGUUGAUAAGACGUGUAUUUUUUAUAUUUAUAUUAUGUAACUUAUUCUAAUAGUAGAUUUUUUAAUGUAAUCUUAAGAUAGUGCCUGUUCUAUAUUUCUUAAAGAAUUAAUACUUAAUAGGUAUUAUAAUAUUAUACAUGUGACUCGGCGCGGCGCAGUGGCUGAAAUCAAUCACGCGACGUGAUUAAGAAUAAGCAAUGGCCGCUGCCACUAGUUCUCGGAUGGAUGACCAUCUGGGUUCGUUGUGCACAAAAAAAAAAACCUUUGUCACACAUACACGUGUUCCUAACCGACCUUACCAACAGUCCCAACCCUACUGCACCAACCCUACCAACCUUACAGGCUAAUGACCUCAGUCGUCAAAGCCUUAAAAUUAAUAAAAAAAUAUUAUACAUUCAACAUUUUAUUAUUGAAAUAAUUUUUUAAGCCAAAGUUCAUAAUUUAUUAUUAUUAUUAUUAUACUUAUUUAAUGACUGAAAAUAUAUAUUUAUUAUAGAAUAUAAUAUCUUGAAUUAGAUAAAUUUUCAGUAAAAAAAUAAUAAAACGUUGACCUUACUUUUUUUAAUUGUUAUGUUUAGAUACCAAAUGUCCAAAUAAUUUUGUGAAAUAGCUAUCCUAGUCUUAUUUUAUUUAUUAUGUAAAUAUUAAAUAUCAAACAUGUACCUAUAUAUUUAUAUAUAUUUAUAAUAUUAGUUACUAAUAUACUAUAAUGAAAAUAAUAUAUUUAUAGAAUUUCAUUCCUAUAAAAUACAUUAUUAGUCAUUUUGUCUAUAAGUAUCAAACAAGUUUAAUUUAUAUGAUACUUUUACCGAAUAACUUCUAUUGAAUUAAUAAUAUGAAUCAAUUGAAUUUUUUAUAGCUACAUUAUUUUCUGUUA